AUGGAAACAAGAGAAGCAUCACCGGCACAUUUUUUGUUCACCAUCGAAUCGUUCUCUUUACUGGAAAACUGUGGGAUUGACAAGUACGAAACGAAAGAAUUUGUCGCUGAGACCACAACUGGAAUAACAAGACGUUUCCUGGCAAUUACGUCCGAAUGGGGCUUUUCAAAAUUUAUCUCUAAGAAAGUUUUGUCCGAUACAUCAAACGGAUACCUAGUCGAUGACAAUUGUGUGUUUGGUGCUGAGGUUUUCGUCGUCAAAAGUAGUGCAGUCACUGGAUGUUUGUCGUUGAAGAACGAAAUUCAUUACAAGCGUGAUUGGAAGAUUUCAAACUUCUCCCAACUGGGAGACGUUUGGAAGUCUGAAGAGUUCUGUGCGGGAGACCACAAAUGGCGGAUUUGGCUUUUCCCAAACGGAAAUGGAGAUGCAACUGGCCGAGGUGUGUCUGUCUUUUUGUACUAUGUUGGUUCCGGAAGUGUCAAUGCACGUGAUACCGUAUGGAUCAAAAACCACUUUUCUGAUGAACACAUUGAACGUACUACUACCGACUGGUUUUCAACUUCUAGCAAUAACUGGGGAUGGCCUUCUUUCACGGAGCUUGCAAAUAUGAAUGAUCCUAAGAAGGGAUUCAUCGUCAAAGACUGUUUACAUCUCGAUAUUGAAAUAUCCGUCCGAGCUGUUGCACAAUAA